AUGGCCGAAGGCUGGCGCUGGGCCGGGCCGGGCCGGGGCGCCCCGCGGCCGAGCCCCCGCCGCGCCGUCAGCGUCUGCGAGUCGCUGGACUUGCAGGGCGUCCCCGCCGUCCAGGCCGCGCUCGGCGCCGCGCAGCAACAGCGCCGGCGGCCCAAGAGCUUCUGCGCGGCGGGGAACGGGCUGCCCGGGGCGCUGCUGCCGCCGCCGCCCCCCGCCCGCGCCCGCGGCGGCCUCCUGGACCUGCUCCGGCUGCGCUCGCCCCGCAGGCAGAGCCCCGAGGGAGAGGGCGACGGCCCCGACGAGGCGCAGCGCCCGCGCCCCAGCAGCAUGACCUUCCUGCCCAGCGCCCGGCCGCCGCAUCCCACCGAGAGCCCUGGCUUCCUCCGGGGGGGCUCCCUGUGGGGCAGCCGCCGCUGGAACAUCUUCGGGGGCAGCGGCUGGAGCGGCUCCAGCCCCAGGAAGAACUUAAGCUCCCUGCGGAAAAGCUUCAGUUUCCGCCUGCGCCGGGGCCACGAGCUGCGGCGCUCAGAGUCUGGGGGGCUGCUGCGCCCCGCGCGCCUCCGCACCAAGAGUGAGGGUGAUGCCAGCUCCCUGCACACCUGCCCCAGCAAGCGGGACCUGCUGUACCCAGAGCUGGCCAGGGUCGGGGGCCGGCUGCACACUGACCCCGUGCAGACGGGGGGACUCUGGAAGCUCCUCACGAGCCGCUUCCGAAGGCGAGAGCGUGGUAGCACUGUCAGCGUGUGCCCCAAGGAUGCCCAUGGCAGUGUUGAGCCUGUCCUUCUGGGUGGGGGUCCUCUGCGGGCUCUGGAUUCAUUUGUGAACAGCCAGGAAUGGACCCUGAGUCGCUCAGUGCCUGAGCUGAAGGUGGGCAUCGUGGGGAACCUGUCCAGUGGCAAGUCGGCCCUGGUGCACCGCUACCUGACCGGCACCUACGUGCAGGAGGAGUCUCCAGAGGGUGGCCGGUUUAAGAAGGAGAUCGUGGUGGAUGGUCAGAGCUACUUGCUGCUGAUUCGAGAUGAAGGGGGCCCCCCUGAGCUCCAGUUUGCUGCCUGGGUGGAUGCAGUGGUGUUUGUCUUCAGCCUGGAGGAUGAGAUCAGCUUCCAGACCGUCUACAACUACUACCUGCGGCUCUGCAGCUACCGGAACACCGCCGAGGUGCCGAUGGUGCUGGUGGGCACACAGGAUGCCAUCAGUGCCACCAACCCCCGCGUCAUCGACGACUCCCGGGCACGGAAGCUCUCCAACGACCUGAAGCGCUGCACCUACUACGAGACCUGUGCCACCUACGGCCUGAACGUGGAGAGGGUCUUCCAGGAUGUGGCUCAGAAGGUGGUGGCUCUCCGGAAGAAGCACCAGCUGUCCAUCGGCCCCUGCAAGUCCCUGCCCAACUCACCCAGCCACUCAUCUGUGUCUGCAGCCUCCAUUCCUUCAGUCCACAUCAACCAGGCCACCAACGGUGGAGGAGCCUUCAGUGACUACUCCUCCUCCGUGCCCUCCACCCCGAGCAUCAGCCAGCGGGAGCUGCGGAUCGAGACCAUCGCUGCCUCCAACACGCCCACCCCCAUCCGCAAGCAGUCCAAGCGGCGCUCCAACAUCUUCACGUCCCGCAAGGGUGCGGACCCGGAGCGCGACAAGAAGGUGCCGGAGUGCAAAGCGGACAGCAUUGGCAGCGGGCGGGCCAUUCCCAUGAAGCAGGGCAUUCUCCUCAAACGCAGUGGCAAGUCCCUCAAUAAGGAGUGGAAGAAGAAGUACGUGACACUGUGUGACAAUGGGGUCCUCACCUACCACCCCAGCCUGCACGACUACAUGCAGAACGUGCACGGCAAGGAGAUCGAUCUGCUGCGGACCACGGUGAAGGUGCCGGGCAAGCGGCUGCCCCGGGCCACGGCAGCGCCCAGCGCCAGCCCCAAGGCCAACGGGCUGGCCAAGGAGAGGAGCAGCUCGCAGCUGGCAGCAGGCACAGGUGCUCCCCACUCGACCAGCAGCACCUCCCUGCACUCGGAGCGCUCCAUCAGCGGCAUCAACCUCGUGGGCUUCAGCUCCAAGCCGGACGGGAUGCACCAGCGCUCCUACUCUGUCUCCAGUGCAGACCAGUGGAACGAGGCUGUGGCUAUCCCCGGCAGCUGCCCCAACCCCUCUAACGGUACUGCCGACUCCCUCAGCUCCAGCCCAAACAUUUCCAGUGCCGCCAGCCCAAAGCUGGAGCCGCCUCCGUCACCACAUGCCAACAGGAAAAAGCAUCGCAGGAAAAAGAGCACAGGGACAACUCGGCUUGAUGGCCCCAGCACGGCAGCAGAAGAACCAGAUGAGCCAUUUGAGUUCAUUAUCGUGUCACUGACGGGCCAGACGUGGCUCUUUGAAGCCUCAACAUCAGAGGAGCGAGAGCUCUGGGUGCAGGCCAUUGAGAGCCAGAUCCUGGCCAGCCUGCAGGGCUGUGAGAGCAGCAAAAACAAGGCUCGGCUGGGCAGCCAGGGCGACGCGCAGGCCAUGCAGGCCGUCCGCACCGCGCGGGGAAACAGCUUCUGCGUGGACUGCGACGCACCCAAUCCGGACUGGGCCAGUCUGAACCUGGGUGCUCUCAUGUGCAUCGAGUGCUCCGGGAUCCACCGCAACCUGGGCACCCACCUGUCCCGUGUGCGCUCCCUGGACCUGGAUGACUGGCCUAGCGAGCUUCUUAUGGUCAUGACUGCCAUCGGCAACGCCCUUGCAAACGCUGUCUGGGAGGGAAUGGUGGAGGGCUACCCCAAGCCCACACCUGAGAGCAGUCGGGAGGAGAAGGAGCGCUGGAUCCGGGCUAAGUAUGAGCAGAAGCUCUUUCUGGCCCCACUGCCCCAGUCGGACAUCCCGCUGGGGCAGCAGCUGCUGCGGGCCGUGGUGGAGGAUGACCUGCGGCUCGUUGUGACACUCCUGGCCCAUGGCACCAAGGAGGAAGUGAACGAGACCUACGGAGAUGGAGACGGGCGCACAGCACUGCAUCUCUCUUGUGCAAUGGCCAAUGUGGUCUUCACACAGCUGCUCAUCUGGUAUGGAGUGGAUGUGAAGAGCCGGGACGCUCGGGGCCUGACCCCUCUGGCCUACGCCCGGCGGGCGGGCAGCCAGGAGUGCAUCGACAUUCUGCUGCAGCACGGCUGCCCCAGCGACAGCGCCGCCACGCUGACCCCCAGCCUGCCCCGCCGCAACGCCAACGCCAACAACAACGCUGCGCCCGCGGAGCUCAGUGCUGGCCCUGGCACGGGCUAGCCCGGCACAGCCUCUGCUCCUUGUGCCCGUGGAGCUCAGCACCGGCUCCGGCACGGGCUAGCCCGGCACAGCCUCUGCUCGCUGUGCCUGUGGAGCUCAGCCCUGGCACAGGCUAGCCCGGCACAGCCUCUGCUCGCUGUGCCUGUGGAGCUCAGCCCUGGCACGGGCUAGCCUGGCACAGCCUCUGCUCGCUGUGCCUGUGGAGCUCAGCCCUGGCACGGGCUAGCCCGGCACAGCCUCUGCUCGCUGUGCCUGUGGAGCUCAGCCCUGGCACGGGCUAGCCUGGCACAGCCUCUGCUCGCUGUGCCUGUGGAGCUCAGCCCUGGCACGGGCUAGCCUGGCACAGCCUCUGCUCGCUGUGCCUGUGGAGCUCAGCCCUGGCACGGGCUAGCCCGGCGUGGCCCUCUGCUCACCGCGCCCGUGGAGCUGAGUGCCAGCCGCGUCACAGGCUAGCCCGGCACGGGCCUCUGCUCAUUGCACCCGUGCAGCUCAGCCCUGGCACGGGCUAGCCUGGCACGGCCCUCUGCUCAUGCACAACUGCCCUCCGGCCCUGCCACAGAGCAGGGCCGCAGGAGCAGUGCUGAGAGCCGCACAGACGGGCCCCACGGUACCUGCCCCCAGCAGAACCCCUGCUCCAGCCAGGAGGAGGCUGGGAGCCAGCUGGGAGUCAGAUCCUGCUCCUCUGCGCUGGUUCUGGCCAGCUCUGGCUGUGUAGCUGUGCAGACCCAGUGCUGGCAGCUUGUGAGGGGCUUCUGCACAAUCACUGGGGUGGCUCCAGGGCACACUGCUCUCGUGACCGGUACAUGGAUGGGGAGGCAGUGUCUCCUGCUCCCCCCACACAUCUGUAGAUAAAGCAGGGGCUGGGGGCAGCCCAGCCAGUGUGUGGCCUCCCCUGCACAGCAGCCCCAGGGAGGCUGAUGGCUGUGCCUGCUCCCUCAGGGAGGUCAGUGUAGUCUCUCCCCUCCUGCUCUCCCUCCGUGUUCGCCUUGCCACACCCCCAGUGCAGUGGUGAGGUGGGGGGCAGCAGGAGGUGCUUGUUUCGCCAUUGCCCCCCCCCCCCAUGCUCCUCUGCUUCUGGCCAGUGCAGGAGGGCUGCUCGCACCCAUACUGCUCCCCGUGUGCUGAUGCAAGGGUGCACCUCCCCAGCACUGCCCCUGGACAAAGGCCUCCCCAGCCUCCCUGCUGAACUAGAGGGGGAAGAGGAUGGUCACCUCGGGAUCCCCAGCUCUGUCUGUCUGUCUGUAGAGUCACUGUCCUUCCAGGUUAAAGCUCCAAGCUAUACACAGUGUCUCCAUCAGAGCCUCCUGCUGGCUCCCGCUGCUGCCCAGGUGGGGCUGGUCUCCAGCUGAGCAAGAGGAGAGGAGAGGAGCAUCUCUCUUUGCAUUGGGGUCAAGCCUCUAGCUAACUGCUGGAACCUCAAGGCUUUGGACACUGCUAUGGAAUGUCUCUGUCACUUGUGUAUAAAAUGUACAUUGGAAAUAUUUAUAUGGACACUCUGUAUAUACGGUUUCUUUUCCAUAAGUUGCCCUGUGUGUGUUAUCUGCAGCCAAGGAGAUAAAGGCCAAUAAAGCAACCCACCUCCUGCCA